AUGGCUAUCACUAUCGGUAUCAACGGUUUCGGCAGAAUCGGUCGUCUCGUUUUGAGAAUUGCCUUGUCUAGACCAGACAUCAAGGUUGUUGCUGUCAACGACCCAUUUAUCGCCCCAGAGUACGCUGCUUACAUGUUCAAGUACGACUCUACCCACGGCAGAUACAAGGGUGAAGUUUCCUCUAACGGCGACAAGUUGGUGAUUGACGGUAAGGAAAUCACUGUCUAUGGCGAAAGAGACCCAGCUCAAAUCCCAUGGGGUAAGGCUGGUGUUGACUUUGUCAUUGAGUCCACCGGUGUUUUCACCACCACCGAGGGCGCCCAAAAGCACAUUGACGGUGGUGCCAAGAAGGUUAUCAUCACCGCUCCAUCUUCUGACGCUCCAAUGUUCGUUGUUGGUGUCAACGAGAAGAAGUACGCUGGCGAAAAGAUCAUCUCUAACGCUUCCUGUACCACCAACUGUUUGGCUCCAUUGGCCAAGGUUAUCAACGACACCUUCGGUAUUGAGGAAGGUUUGAUGACCACUGUUCACUCUAUCACCGCCACCCAAAAGACCGUUGACGGUCCAUCCCACAAGGAGAGGAGAGGAGGUAGAACUGCUUCUGGUAACAUCAUUCCAUCUUCCACCGGUGCUGCUAAGGCUGUUGGUAAGGUUAUCCCAGAAUUGAACGGUAAGUUGACUGGUAUGUCCUUGAGAGUCCCAACCGUUGACGUUUCUGUUGUCGACUUGACCUGUAAGUUGAAGAAAUCCGCUACCUACGAGGAGAUCUCUGCUGCCAUCAAGAAGGCUUCUGAAGGCGAAUUGAAGGGUGUUUUGGGCUACACUGAAGAUGCUGUUGUCUCCACUGACUUCUUGGGCUCUUCUUACUCCUCUAUCUUUGACCAAAAGGCCGGUAUCUUGUUGUCUCCAACUUUUGUCAAGUUGAUCUCCUGGUACGACAACGAGUUCGGUUACUCCACCAGAGUUGUCGACUUGUUGGAGCACGUUGCUAAGAACUAA